GACAACUGUCACCAUGUUGCAGUCAAUUUCCAAUGAAGAGAUCAUGAUCUUCAAUUCAUCGUUUCAAAUAGACUUGGAGGAAAAUUGGAAAUUGUCAUACUACACAAAAAUUGGCCAAUAGAUACCACUACCACGACCACUAGGGAAAACUGCUACUAGAUCAAGGGAGGGGAUACAGUUGCGACGGCCACUAUAUCUUCUCCACCUUGUUGAAAGCUGUGAAGAAAGAGCACGUUUAUUUUUUGAUUUUACUUUGAGUUCAAGUUGUUGAAGAUUUCAAUGGUGGUGUCAAGCACAUUUUCGGCGAGCUUGGUUCCGCCUACAUCCGGCUAUAAGCAGGAUGGACAGGAGAUGAAUCAGGAGUUAGUGGGUGGCGGAGGUGGAGGUGCGACUUCUUCGACUGGUCCUGCAGGUAAUGCAGGUCCUGGUCCGCGAUUUAACCCUAGCGCUUGGGCAGAGCAACGGCGUGAGCGCAUUCAAAAGGGAGAGGAGCUGAGGGAACGGAAUAGGAAUCGACUUUUAGCUAGUGGCCAGCUGGCAGGCAGUGGAGGAGGUUCAUCGUCUUCAUCUUUGUCUGCAGCAGCCUCAUCUUCGAGUGCGUUCGAAAAUAGCGGAGUGCCGGUUGUGCCACAACAGCACAUGAGCAAUAGUACUACGGCUUCUACUAGCAAUGUUGUGUCUGGUGUUGAUCCCGCCUCUAUUAACCCUUAUGCACCAAAUGUUAGUGGACCUACAGGAACUGCACCAUCCCCCAGUACAACCGGUACAACCGAACAACCCCUACCUCGAAGAACACCUGCACCAUCAUCUGGAGGGGCAGGAGAAGAUGGUGGGGGACCCUUGUUUGACCGUAAGUAUUUGGGAACGAGAUACGAGCACCAAAAUUACCGAUACGCGAGAUACAAUAGUGCAGAGUAUGACAGUGGAGGUUCGAUUUCUGGUCAAGCACAGAUGGAGGAAAACAGUACUACAAAAAAUAACGCUCAUGCUGGGACAUCAACAUCGGCUAAUUCUCGUGUUGACAUGAUUAUACCCAGCAGUACAACGAACGCAAGCACACCACCAGCAAGUAAUUUGCCGCCACCUAGGAAGUUCAAUAGUAGUUCGUCAUCGUCAGCACUUUUGCCUCCGAAUAACAGUAGUCCGCCAGGGUCUGCGAGUGGAGCUUCGAGACCAGGACGCUACACUUUAGAUUCGCCACCAGGUGGGGAAGCUGCUGUUCCUGCGGUUGGCGGUGGGAGUGGUGCGGGAGACUACGCCGGCGGACAGUCGGAGGUAGAAUGGUGUUGAGAUGAUCGAUUUUUCUUGGACACUUCUUGCUUCAUCAAGUGGGUUGUGAAAUUAGAAUUAGGAUUAGGUUUAGGUGAUGUCAUGGUGCAAACGCAAAGCAUUUUUCACAUGAAGAUCAUAAGUAGUAAAGAGUGUCACCACUACAAAAUGAUUCACAUGAUUCACCCUCAUCUUGUUCAACAGUCCCAAGACGAGGGUACGCAGGAGGUGCAGCAAGCGUGGCUUGGCAUGUUAAGAGGCGGUAACAACUCUCAUCAAAGCGAAGAUCCACUAGUUUUUGGCAAGCCUGUUGUGACAACGACAGCCGCUCCAAAACGUAAAGUAGGCACGGCCUCGUCAGGCGGUGGUCCAGAUGGAGGUCCUGCAUCUGGAGGUCCUAGCACUAGUAGAGUUAGGCGCUUUGGGGCACAACCGAAGAGCGGUGAAGGCGAAAAUGGGGGGCCUAGCAGUCGACCUGCUAGUGGGUACUAGGUUUUUUUCUGUCGGUGGGUGAGAAAGUGAACGGUAAUUGCUUAUACAUUCGUAAAGACUCUCACUCUGACAAUCGUUUUGUUCUCUAAUAUGAUUUGAACAAGAUCGACGUACUGUACUAGCGACUCGACGUAAGCUACUCCAUUGAGAUGCUGUAACAGGUACCUCUCAAGCAAGCUUGGUUCAGCAGUCGGAGUUAUGCCUGACCACAUCAAGAAGAAGAUACGAACGCGAGAAACACAGAGGCAAAAAGGUAGGUUGAGCGCUUCUGCGAGUACAGCAUCAGCUGGCGGUGCAGGAGCUAGCAAUAACCACGAUUCAAAAGCAGUGUCUUACACGCUGGAUGAACCAAAUCCAAACAACAAUCAUGGAGCAGGUGUAAAUCUAGUAAGUAAUGCGAAUGCCCUUGGUUAUAACAUGAACAUUAAUGGACCCGGAGGCGGAGCAGAACAGGAAGGCGGUGCAACUGCCUCAGGGCGAAGAGGAGCCAUGCUGUGUGAAGGCGACCACAACGGGGUGACGCCAUCUAAGGAGACGAGGCAAGGACCUGCACAACGGAUUCGGACAAGACCUGGCUCACAACAGAAUGGGCAAGGUGCUGCGAACACUCUCGUAUCAUCUUCUGGUGGAGGUGCCACAACUAGCGAUCCAUCAGGAGGAGCCACGCAACUAUUGCACCAACCGCCGCCACGCACGAAUCCGUAUCUGUCCAGUGGCAAUAGUGGCGCGGGUACCAGUGGCAGUUCAUCGCUGAUAACGCCAGGAACAAGUUCAGGAGGAGGUCAACAACAUUCCAAUAUUCCCCAGCCUGGUACAACUGGCGGAGCUGCGAACAAUAGUGGAAACAAUCUAGCAAGUGGUGGAGCCACUUCUAGUUCGAAUUCGGGUCCCGGCCAUAACAACACAUCUUCAUCUGCGAAAACUUCUCAAAAGGAGCAAGCAACCACUGGUGGAGAAGCGCCUCUUCACGGUGGAAGAGGGUAUCAUGGCAGUACGUCUAGCACGAUAUCAACUGGUAGUGGCUCCUCGUCAUCUGCGGGUGUCGGAUCAUCUUCAGUGUACUCCGGAGCUGGCGGAAGUUCAUCUUCCACCACUACUCGGACGUCGAAAAACAGAACCCGCGCAGCGAGUGGGUCGAAUAUGCCAGGUCGAAAUAGUCAAGCGGGGGGUUUUGAUACAGGAGGCAUGGACUUUGGCGCAACGCUGUACAACAAUAACGACCAUGGCAUUGGAGGAGGUGGAAACGAUCGGGAUGAGAAGAUUAAGGCUCCUCAGUCUCACUGUUGUACAUUUAAUUCAUCAUUGUACAUGAUUCAUCAUUGAUUGAUUGUAUUUUUUAUUCAUCUUUGACUUUCAUCGAUUUCGAUCCUACUUGAAAAGUAUCUAUGGGCUCAACCAAGUAUCUAUCUUCGUGCUAUGAUACUCGGGCGAGGAUGUUGUAGGUCAGUAGGUCAAAGAUGAAAGAUGGAGGGCGCUAAGUAGAGCUUCCGACAGAUGUUCGACAAGAAUACAUUGCGAAUCGAGAAAGGAGGCAAGCUAUUUCAGGCCGUUAUUGAGAAAGUUAGAGCUGGAGCUUUGCCUGAACUUGCGCCACCAACAGACAGUUUGCCGCCAUACAAAAGCAAUAGCGUGAAGGUACAUUUGAUACUACUAGAAGUUUCUUGAUUCUCCUAUGGCUAUGAUGAAUGGGACAGGUACUCAAAGGCAAAGAAGAUUUCAUAUGACACCUCAAUUUCUACAUACACACAGGUCUUCGUCCGGAAGCGUCCUAUGUUUGAGAAGGACCUGCGAAAAGAAGAUUUCGACACCGUGACAGUCCACCCUGGCCAUGUCAAUAUCCACAAUUGCCUCUACCAAGCGGACUUGAAGACCCAGUUCGUCCAACACAACAGUUUCCAUCUAGACAACUGUUUUGGAGAGCAUGCGACAAAUGACGACGUGUAUCAGCAAGCAGCCUCAGGCUUAGUCUCCCAUGCAUGCAAUGGUGGGGUCGCGACGAUGUUCAUGCUGGGGCAGACAGGCUCAGGCAAGACGUUUACAAUGACCGCGAUCGAAAGCAGAGCGGCGAAACAGGUCUUCGAAAUGAACAAAUAUGGCAAGUAGAAGACGAGAUGUGGACUUGGAAUCACAAGCGAAGUAUCAGUAGAAGAUCUUAAAACUUGAUUUUAUUCAACCUCCAGAGAAACUACUAGCUAUCAUCACUUCAUCGAGAUGAUGGUAGUACCUUCUUAGAAUCUACUUGAAUCUGCAACUACAUCUUCCCUUCCUUGUCCUGCUUCUAACUCUGAAACGCAAGCAACGGUGGACGACAGCAAAAAGCAGCAAUCCAGUUUCUAGAAGUGAGAAAUAAUCGGGUUUUCGACCUUUUGCAUGAAAGCGGGGAAAAAGAAGUAAAACUGCGCGAAGUCUCGAGUGGAAAGUACUUGUUUUGUCUCUUCAUGUGUAACGUUCAACCUCCUUUCAUCAAUCAACCUAUUAUCGGUCGGAACAAAAAAUUCCCUCUAUGUUCCGCGUUGGAUCUCACAGGUACGCCAUCCAAGACGCCUACGAAUUAGAGUGCUCUGCUGCAACAGAGUUACGAGCCUGUAUGCAAAUCGGGCAUCAUAGGAGGCGCACAGAAAGCACUGACGCAAACGACACGUCAUCUCGGUCACACGCAUUGUGCUUGGUACUUUUUUAUUGUCAAGUUCAACGAGGCAUUCAGGACAGAUGGCGCAAUGAUUAAGCAGAACCUACCGAUCCGCCUUAGCUCUGAGCUUCUCAAAAUCAUAAUUACAAACUUCUCUUCCAGAUCCGUCUCGAAUCAGGAGGAAAGUUGGUUCUAGUAGACUGCGCAGGAACCGAGAGACGGAAAGACAGUAUGUACCACACGCGGGAACGGCAGCAAGAGGGCGCGCAAAUUAACGCGAGCUUGCAUGCGCUGAAAGAAUGUACUGAUGUCAGCAUACAACUUGUAGUUGUUCAAUUAUAUUAGAUAUAUACUGCAACAACUUGAUAGAUGUUCAUGAACCGGCGGGACGCCAUCUGGUAUAAGAGGGCUACCCUGAUCGUGAGGAACAAUCUGUCUUCCACAUCAAAAAAAAGGUAUCCGCCAUAAAGCAGAGUUCAAUCGAGUGCCGACUCAUGUCUACCGGUCUUCGUGUCUGACGAAAUUACUAGCGGACGCUUUCCAAGACAAUGGAGAACUCUGCAUCUUCUGCACUGUGUCGCCGUGCGCGACAGAUACAGAACAUAGUACUUCCGACUGGAUGUGAUAGUAACACAUGAUGCUGGCUACCUUACCCUUACGUCGUUCUUACUUUGAUGAAGAAGUUCAACAACAAGAUCAUUCUCCAAUUUUUUUUGUGUCUCGAGGUCCAGGAGAAGAUCCCUCAGUCAUCUGAAAGCAUCGUACUUGCAUCAAAAGGUAUCACCACUCUCCGAACCGGUUUUGCGCUCACGGGCCGUCCUGGCAUAUACACUCGCGUGCACAAACAGGAAGACCUCGAGAAGUUUGUGAAUCCUGAUCCCGUGAAACGGUCUGUGCCACCGCAAAUUAAGGCUUCAAGAAGAAAUUCACCUGAGACUUAGUAGAAUUAUCAAGCACCUUUUUUUUGCUUGUUUCCGAAGGCGAACAAGGGAAAACAGGCAACAAGAUGCAUGACGCUCUACACAAUGUAUUUGGAUUUCUUCCACCUAGCUCUAAAACUAAGUGGGAUGUGAAAGGCGUCCAAGCAUGGCUGCAUUCGAUCUGUGGACCAGAAGCAUCUACCUUACUGCCAGCAGGAACGACUGGCCAUAUGUUGGUGCGAAUGCCAGAGCAACGGUUUGUGCAGCUUUUUGGUUGCGCAAGGAAAGGGCGCAAACUCUACGACGCAUUAAGGGACGAAAUCGCGGCUGCGAAGCAAUACUGA